CAUCUCCUGAAACGGUCACAUCGUUGUCCUCGUCACUUGAUCGAGAUGGGACGGGCUCAACUGCACCCAGUGUUACCCACAGCACGGUGGAAAGUGAGAUGAGGGAACUUUUUAGACCAGCUAACACCCGGGUAGCUUCAACGAGCCAAGUAGCUACACGGAGUUCGACUGGAGUGCGGCAGUCUUUGCGAUAUCAGACCCAGAAACACUUUGGCAACUGGAACUGCAGAUCAAGGAAAAGCCUGGAGUUUCUGAUGGCUUGUGGCAACAGACUGAUUGCGCCCAAACUGCGAGCAGGACAGGAGCUGGAUGCAAAUCUCAUACAUAAAAUUUAUAAAUCGAAAGCCCUAUACAUCAGACCACCAAAACCAAUUUUGGAUGAUAUUACAAGCUACAGCAGUGAGGAAAACUGUGAAGAAAACCCUGUUUCAUCAAGGCAGCUGCGCUCAUCAUCUUCAGACAGUUUUGCCAGUUCAACAGCUGCCUUCCAACCAAUCUCUGCUCCUACGCAAUCUCCUGCCUCAUCAGUUGGUAAUGGAACAUUAUUAAUGGAAACUCCUGCCUUGACCCAUGAAAGUAGUAUCUCACACAAGUACAGCAGCGCUUCAACAAACAUUUCCUUCAGCCAGUUACCAGUGUCUUCAUUGGAAAUCUACCCUUCCACUAGUCAGCCCUCUACCUCAUCAUCUGCAUCUUUAAGUGAUCCAGUUCUGGUCCUGACGUGCCAAAAUACCUCAAGCUCACCCUACCAGACCAGGAAUCCAGAGAAUCAUUGUUCAGCAUUACCCUCUACAUCAACACACAGUCAAUCUGUAAACUACGAUAACUACCUUUCAAUCAUGACUCCACUAUCUGACAUGUCUUCUGAUGAUGAGGAACUUAACCAGGCUAUACUAGCAAGCCUGCAGAGCGAAAGGAAUUCAAGUUGUUUGGUAUCAGCAAAAGAUAUUUUGGAGGAACUUUCUGCAAAAAUAAACCAACAGAAGAAAUGCAAGUUCAACAUUAAUAGAUCAACAGUCCUGGAUGGAGCAAUUAGAGGUUUUAAACGAGCGACAUAUGAUCCAUGCCACACAAUUUCUGUCAGGUUUUCUGACGAUAUGGGAGUACCUGAAGAGGCUGUUGACUUGGGUGGACCAAGAAGAGAAUUUCUAAGACUUCUGAUCGAAGCUUUGCCCCUGUCUCCAAUGUUUGAGGGUGAAGAAGGCAAAAUGAACUUGGCGCUUGAUAGUGCUGCCAUGAGGGAGGACAGGUACUUCAUUGCAGGCAGAGCCAUUGCAGUAAGCCUUGUACAUGGUGGUCCACCAGCAGGCUUUCUGUCCCCAACACUCUUCUCUUGCCUUGUUGAUGGCCCAGAUUUGGCUAAACCAGUUUUAGAAGAUGUUGCCGAUAGUGACCUGCGUGAAAAAAUUAAAAGGGUUAAAGAGUGUAAAUCCUUUGAAGAUCUGAUAGUAGCAACUUAGCCAAUGCUGGCUGCCUGAGGCCGCUGCGGAGGCUGGAAGACAAGGAUCUGCUUAUACAUGACAUUCUCAUGUUCCAAGUAAUACACAGAGUCCGUGGUCCAUUUGAAAGAUUUCAGGAUGGACUACGGACACUUGAGGUGCUGGACAAAAUCCAAGCUCACCCAGAGAGUUUUCGCACCCUUCUAUGCUGGUCACCUUCAGUGCUUACAGCUGACCUUCUUGACAGCCUCUUUACCAUCCGCCUUUCUCCAGCUGGGAGUAAUCUCAACACACUCACAUAAUACAACUCAUAAAUUCUUUAACAUUGUAUACAAACCGUCAACAUGCCUGUAAAGGUUGAUAGUAGCAUUUUUGAAAUUUAAAGCUGUGACUAAACUUCUAAUAAUACUGAAC